AUGAUCGCCGUCCGCCGCAAAAUCGGCAUCGUGGGCGCCGCCAUCUCAGGCCCUACCCUCGCCCUGCAAAUCCUCACCCACCCUGUCCUCCGUGAGCUGUAUACACCUACACUCUGGGACCAAACCCCAGAUCCAUUCCCCUCUUCAUGUCAUCCAACAUCUCCGUUUUCUCCAUCUUCACCGUCAGCCAAAACUCUCCAAACAGCCGGCGCAGCAAUAGCCCUUUCAGGCAACGGCCUCGCGCCGCUCUACGCUCUCGGUCUACGCGCUGCCAUUGAUGCGCGAAGUCAAGAGUUCACGGGUGUGAGUUUCUGGCGCUCGGGGUAUGGCGCUCCUGCCUUUUCCCCGGACGAAGCGGUGGAGGCAGCGCAGCCAGCACCGGCCGUGCGGUUGAAUCGCAUGCAGGACCCGACCUGGAGCACGGAGCUGGGGACGAAUAUGCGGAUUAUUGAGCGGCGGCACCUGCAAGAGAUCUUGCUGAAGAAAGUAGUAGAGUUAGAUGGGGAAGUGGUGUGGGAAAGGAAGUUAGAAAAGGUGGAAGAAGUGGGUGAUACGGGGGGUGUGAGGGUUUUAUUUAAAGGUGGCAAAGGCGAGAAUGUCAGCUUAUUAGUUGGAGCAGAGGGUGCGUGGUCGGAGGUUCGAAGGGCGAUUUUGAGGAGAAGGGAUGAGAGUACGGCGGAGGAGAGGUGGGUGCCAGACUUUAUGGGCGCAACGGGGAUUUAUGGAAUCUCCUCACCUAAAAUAGCACCACUAGUAGUUGAAGGUGUAGAAAAAGAGGCCGCGGCGGAUACGCAUGGGAUAUGGCUAGAUCAGGGGACUCUGUCGAUGUCGCCGCUGCCAGGUGGGAAGAUUAGGUGGGAUCUCCUUAUUCCGGAGGCGAGUCCGCCGGAGCACUCGAAAUCAAAGGCCGAGGAAGAGAUAGACGCUGAGGUCGAGCAAGAUAUGAUUUCUAGGUGGGAGUCACGGAUUGUGCCUAAUGCUUACUCGACGAACUCGACGAUUGAUAUCCUCCACCGUCACGCUGGCGUGUAUCAUCCAGCUACGAGCUCAUUUGGAAGACUGAUUGCGGCAUCGGAGCGAAUCAUUCGAAGUCCGCUACGGUCCUCCUUUGGCGUUGAAGACGCCACCGUCCUCGCCAACUGUCUCCUCAACCAUUCUCCUUCGGCAGAGUCCAACUUUCGCACAGCGUUAGAAGAGUACGCCCAAGUGCGCAUUUCAAGAUCGAAGAAGAUGGCUAGAAUGGCUUCCUUAGCCGGCAAUCUCAGCCUUGGGGAGCGUUGGUAUUGGAGAUGGCUCAGAGAUUAUGGAAUCAAGUGGAUGCCUAUGCCAAAAGAUCCGAAAGCGGGUAAGAAGUAGUGGCCAUUCGAUGACCGAUUCAAGGUGGAGUUGAAGCGGGACGCAUCAAAAUAGGUUUUAGUACAGUCCCAAGUCAUAAAUUUGGGCACACGGUCUGCAUCAAAGCGUAAACGUCAAACCUAAUACGUCC